CCAGGAAGAGAAGCAAUCAGCUUGGGGUUGUGUUUGUGUGGGCCAGUUUCUUCUUCUCGUGGCUGUCGUGUUCGCAAAGCAUGAAAUCAAUCUCUUUCUUCUCUUUUCUUAACGUCACAAACCCUUGUGUUCGUCUCUUGAAUCUUCUCUGAACUCUUACUGCUUCUCCCAUCACCGCAAGCACAAAAGAAGAACCAAGGUACAGCGUAGGGCUUGAUAUGGACGGCAAUUCAGUCCCGCGGGGACAAAUGGACGAGAACAAGAAGAAGGAGGUGAUUCGAUUAGAGCGGGAGUCUGUGAUCCCAAUUCUCAAGCCGAAGCUUAUUAUGACCUUGGCCAACCUCAUAGAACAUGCGACUGACCGGGCUGAGUUUCUGAAGUUCUGCAAGAGAAUUGAAUAUACCAUUCGAGCUUGGUAUCUUCUGCAGUUUGAGGAUUUGAUGCAACUGUACUCUCUCUUUGAUCCGGUACAUGGAGCUCAAAAGAUCCAGCAGCAGAAUUUAUCUCCAGAAGAAAUUGAUAUACUCGAGCAGAAUUUUCUUACUUACUUGUUUCAGGUGAUGGAGAAGAGCAACUUCAAAAUAACAACAAAUGAGGAGAUUGAUGUUGCACUUUCAGGGCAGUACCUUCUGAAUCUUCCUAUCAUGGUUGAUGAGUCUAAGCUGGACAAGAAGCUGUUGAAGACAUUUUUUGCUGCACAUCCUCAUGAAAAUCUUCCAGAUUUUGCUGAUAAGUAUAUUAUUUUCCGACGUGGCAUUGGAAUUGAUCGGACAACAGAUUUCUUUUUCAUGGAGAAAGUCGAUAUGAUCAUUGCAAGAUUUUGGGCAUUUCUUUUAAGAGUGACCCGGUUAGGAAAACUUUUCUCCAAAAAUUCACGUCGACACCAUAGGAAAGAUCCAAAAAAGGAUGAUGAAAUUAUCUCUGAAUCAAAUGAUGAUGACUUAUAUGUUGAACGGAUCCGCCUUGAAAAUAUGGAACUCAGUUUCUGGAAUUUGCUGGGCAAGGUCACAAUACAAGAACCUACUUUUGAUAGGAUAAUUGUUGUAUACAGGCGAGCAAGCACCAAAUCAAAUAUGGAACGAGGAAUAUAUGUGAAACAUUUCAAAAAUAUUCCUAUGGCUGAUAUGGAAAUAGUGCUUCCCGAGAAGAAAAAUCCAGGAUUGACUCCAAUGGACUGGGUCAAGUUUCUUGGUUCUGCUGUAGUUGGUCUGGUUGCAGUGUUUAGUUCACUUGAGAUGCCUAAAGCUGAUCUUUGGGUCAUGAUUGCCGUGCUUUCUACAGUGAUUGGUUAUUGUGCCAAAACAUACUUCACGUUCCAGCAAAACUUGGCUACAUAUCAGAAUUUAAUUACGCAAUCCAUGUACGAUAAACAACUAGAUAGUGGAAGGGGUACUCUCUUGCACUUGUGUGAUGAUGUAAUUCAACAAGAAGUCAAGGAAGUGAUUAUUUCAUUCUUUAUAUUGAUGGAACAGGGCAAGGCUACUAGGCAGGAUCUAGAUUUGCGGUGUGAGGAACUGAUCAAAGAAGAAUUUGGUGAGAGCUGUAACUUUGACGUAGAUGAUGCAGUUCACAAGUUAGAAAAGCUAGGGAUUGUUUCUAGGGAUACUAUCGGCCGGUACUUCUGUUUUGGGCUGAAACGAGCUAACGAGAUCAUAGGCACUACCACUGAGGAGCUUGUCCUCAAGUCAAGACAGGGCGUGGCCGUGUGAUGCUGUGUUGGGAAGUUGGAGUGUAGGAGAUUAUUCAUUAUUCUGUGGACAAACGCACUCAAAUCAGAAGUCUCAAAAGGGAUGUUUUGCUCAAUUUUGGCAUUUUCCUCUGCAAUCAUCUGCCAAUAUCUGUGAUCUUUGGAGCAUUGGUUCUCUUUUUUGAUGUAUGGAAUCGUGUGCAUGUCAGUUUUUAUGUCCUUUUGAGUUUUUUUUAGUGGGAGAAAA